AUGUUGGUUAGUGCAGUGGGAGCAUUUCACCCCUUACCCUCAUCUCAUACUGUAGCCCCUGCAACGCGCUUGUCCCACACAGGCUACGGGCACAUCGCGCCCAAGACGGUCACCGGCAAGGUGGUGACCAUCUUCUACGCCAUCCUGGGGAUCCCGCUCAUGCUGCUGUGCCUGUCCAACAUCGGCGACGUGAUGGCGCAGUCCUUCCGGUACCUGUACUGGCGCGUGUGCUGCUACGUGUGCACGCGUCAGCCGCAGCCCGCGCAGCGCCGCGGCGCGAGCAUCGCCAGGUCGCGGCCGUCCUCGCGGUCGACCCGCAUGUCGUCGUUCCGGCGCUCGGGCCGCGUGUCCACCAGGUCGGCCGACGCCGUCCUGCACUCGCAGCACGGCCCCGUGCGCGCCUCGCAUUCCGACACCGAGUGCAGGUAUCCGGAUGAGGAGCGGGACGUCGGCUACCGGGGCGCGUCGCUAGGACCCCCGGUCGGCCACAGAGGCUACCCCGACAUGGACGUGGAGCGCACGGCCGCUGGUGUCGGCGGCGGCCCCGGGUCCGGUCCCGUGCUCUUCAACAAGUACGCCCUGGACAGGGAGGAGUCUGGCAGAGCUCGGGACGGCCAGCGCCGCCUGCGCGCCCAGUCCGUGGGCCGGGAGGGGCGUCGCCGAGGACCCUCCAUGCCCGGGGUGCCCGGGGGAUCCCUGCCGCGGCAGCACCGCCUGCACGACCAGCACCAGCACCGAGGGGACCGCGGAGGGCCGCCCCCGCCCGCCUACCUCAAGGGCUCGCAGCGCAGCCCGCGCAACAGCGGAUACGGUCCGGGGUACGCCCCGCAGCCCCGCCGCCACCACCCGGAGCUGGCGCCCUCGCCGCGCAUCAUGUCGCCGAUGGGCUUCGGCAUGAACCGCAACCUGUUCCGCGUCGUGGGCCCGGACGACGGCCUGGACAUGGACAUGGGCGACCUGGGCUGGGACGCGGGCAGCGGGAUCGGGCCCGGGCCCGGCGGCCCGGCGCGCCUGCGCCCCGUCCCCAUCUGGCUGUGCGUGUUCCUCGUCGUCAGCUACAUCUUCGGCGGCGCCUACCUGUUCGCCGAGUGGGAGAAGUGGGAGUACCUGGACUCGGCCUACUUCUGCUUCAUCACCCUCACGACCAUCGGCUUCGGCGACUUCGUGCCCGCGCAGCGCGUCACCAACAACGCCACCGUGUCCAUCGCGCUGUGCUCGCUGUACCUGCUGUUCGGCAUCGCGCUGCUCGCCAUGAGCUUCAACCUGGUCCAGGAGGAGGUCAUCAACUCGGUGCGCGCCGUGGCGCGCAGGCUGGGCAUCAUCAAGGCGGACCCCGAGGACGACUAGCGACGGUCGGUGAGCACCGCUUCAGCGCCCUGACCGUACCUAGCUCCAUCGGCAGCACCCCUCCCGUCCCUGCCUUCCAUUCGUAUCGCUCCCUGAGCAGCCCACCCCAGACGCCCAAAAUCAUUGACCUCUGGUAAUCGCACAGCCUUCCCAGGCCUAACGCUGUUCGGCCCCUAAGACGUCGGUCAGCAGGUCAGGCCGUCGCCCGACCGGCCAGAACGCCGAUAAGAAAACAAUAUUCGCGAGUCCAAUGUGGGCACUGUGCCGCGCGUAGUGCAGCGGUCGCGUGUCCCUCCCCCCUCCUUUCCUUUCCUAUUCACAUUGAGGGCCGCCGGGGCCGCCCCGCCCACGCCCGACGCACCGCGCGACCCACCGGCCGGCCGUCGAGAUCUUGUUUUUGAUCCGGGGGACAAUCAUCUUCUUCGCAUCCUCAGGACGCGGAAGCAGGUGUGCGGUCUCCUCACGCGUCGCGCAGCGCCUGACAGCGGCGAUGGCCGAGGCCUCCUCCUCCUCCUCGCGGGCCCGUCGGCGUGGGCCUGUCGCGGUCCCUUCGUCACCAUGGCGACCGUGUCAUCGCAUGUGUCCGCCCUGCCCUUCCCAUAUCAAAGCCCGACCGCCGUGCAUUGUAUAUAAAGAUGGGACCCCGCCGGUCUGGGGGACAUUCGUUCGCGACAAUCCCUGCAACGAUGAUGUACUGCAAACUUUUGGCGGUUACGCUGCUGCUGGCGGCCUCGUGCCAGGCGCGCCCCAAGUGGGGGAGCGCCCAGCGGUCCUCGCCCUGGGGCCAGAGCGGCAACCACGGCAGCACCUGGGAGAUGACCAUCGUGGAGGGGGUGGGCCCCAGCGGCAGCCAGUUGUACGGAGUCUACCCUGGCAACCCCUGGGCUGGCGUAGACGAUGACCAGGUCGGCAGCUCCUCCAACCAGUGGAACAGCCAGCACGGCGUCCAGCAGGGCGGCCAGCACGGCGUCAACAGCCCAUCCUGGGGCAGCAGCGGCAUGUCUGCCAACAUCCGCAACAACCCCAGCGGCAGCAACUGGGGUAGUCAGCAGCAGCAGGGCCGAUCUGGCAGCCCCUGGGCCGGGCAGCAGAGCCAGCACGGAAGUGGCUGGGGAAGCGGCAGCUCCUGGAAGGCGAGCGGCAGCGGCGCCUGGAGCGGAAACGGAAACGGCUACGGUUCCAACCCUUGGGGAGGCGCCAGCGAGCAGUCCCGUGCCGGUCACACCAACUCCUGGACCAACUCCUGGACCAACUCUGCUGACGUCGACCAGCCCUGGAGCGUCGGCCACCUCAUGAACAACCCCGUGAGCGGAG